AUGUCAGCUAUCGGAGCGCUACGUAAGCUAGAGAAGGAGAAGAAAGGGUCUCACAAGGCCAGUUUUAAGGAGUCGCUCUUUUUUAACCUGCCAACCCGAAUUCGCCAGUCUGGUCCCGUCAAAAGCGGCAUCAAGUUUGCUAUCAAGAGCUGGAAAUCUUCCGGACGAUGGUUGUGGAUUCUCUCGACGACAAUGCUAGUAACGCUAGUGCCCCUCAGCAUUGAGAUGUUGCGUGAGGAGCAGACAAACGAAGUGGUAAAAGAGUUACUGAGCAGGGGCUUCAGUUACAAUCAAAUCCAGGGAAUGGGCUACAUGGUAUCGCAGCCUCAAAGUACGCUUGCAGCGCCUGAAGGAGCCACACAAUAA